AUGACGUCAUUUGUUCCUCAAGUCCUGUCACCUCAGUUCCACAACAUGGGGCAGGAAACUCAAGAAUACAGCCUUUACAGUGAUAACUUCUACAGCCCUCCAUCUCUGCCGAGUCCACAGCAGAACCUGCCAGCAGCCUGUGACCUAGUGGACUAUGCAAGCUCGGCCCCCAACCCCUAUUUGUGGUUCGGUGGCUCAGGGCUUAACGCUGCACCUAACCUUGGGUCAGGACUUCCACCCUAUGGAAUGCAAAGACCCUACAUUGGAGCAGGAGGAAUGGGAGGCACAGAAGGAGGUUUCAGCUGGUUUCCUUUCCCUUCUCAAGAGGACCUGAUGAAAAUGGUCAGGCCUCCAUAUUCUUACUCUGCUUUGAUUGCCAUGGCAAUAAAUGGGGCUCCAAAUCGUAGACUUACUCUCAGUCAAAUCUACCAGUAUGUGGCAGACAAUUUCCCCUUCUACAAUAAGAGCAAGGCUGGUUGGCAGAACUCCAUUCGGCACAAUCUGUCACUCAACGACUGCUUUAUGAAAGUGCCAAGGGAUGACGAUGAUCCAGGUAAAGGCAACUACUGGACUCUGGACCCAAACUGCGAAAAGAUGUUUGACAAUGGCAACUUUCGUCGUAAGAGAAAGAGAAAGUCCGACUCCCAGCUUGAAGAAAACUCAAAAGGCUAUGGAGAAACAGACUCUGCUGCAUCUAGUCCAAAAGACCAGAGUACCACCAGCCAUGAAUCAGACAGGGUAUCCCCCCCAGUGUCCUCCGGCUCAGCCCCCUGUCUUAACGGCUUCUUGUCCCAUAUGAAUGACAUGGUCUCUGGAUCAAGCAACAUGCGGGAGUCUACUCUGCUCCCCUCUUUGCCACUGGGUGUGUCCCUGGACCCCCACAGGGUUUCUCCAACAUUGGGCUUCAGCUCAUUCUCUCCAAAUGCAACAGUGCCACAGUGGGAAGCCCAGGUUCCUCCACCACCUCAGUCCACCGUCUCAACCUCACCUUCCCACUACACAGGUAUUUACAGUGACUCAAUCCUCAGUCAGUUCAGUAGCCACCUUUACCCCGGCAUGGACUCCAGCAGCGUAGUGUAUCCACGGGAAGGCACCGAGGUGUAG